AUGAAUCUUAUAACAACUCUCGAAUACAACAAAUUAGAGGCAUUUGCACUGCUCAAUCCUCGUCAAAGCUUUGAUCUUUCCAUACAACCCCAUCCUACACACCAAACUCUUAAAAACAAGUUAAAAUUCUACUACAAACAGUGCUACAAUCAUCUCUUUCUUAAUCAAGCUGCUACAAUAAGCUUAGUGGAGCCUAUCUACUUCUCCUUGUCUUUCGAUUCUGAUAACUGCGGCCGGGGUGGUGAUCUCAUCUGUUUUGGUGCGGCUGCCUCUGCCGACGGCUAUGUUAAUCUGACUCCUGACCCACAUGCAGCAAAUGCCAACGUGGUGCCUGUGUUAGAAAAAUAUGCGGGUCGUGUUUUGUACAAGCAGCCGAUGCUGGCGUGGCCCGCCAGUUUCAGGACCACCUUCGUCAUCAGGAUAUCCAAGAACUCGAAUUCCAUCACUUUCGGUGAAGGGAUGGCGUUCAUCAUGGCUGAGAAUAGUGGUCCCGGUCCGGAUAACUGUUAUGGCGGUUUUCUGGGCCUCUACAAUCAAUCCACCCAAGGUAAUGACAACCAUCAAUUUGCCGUGGAACUAGACACAUUCAUGAACGAUUUCGACCCUGAUAACAACCACGUUGGGAUCGACACUAAGAGCAUCAUAUCCGACGCAACGGCGAGCCUCGACGCGAUCGGAGUUGAUCUCAAGCUCGGGAGAACUGUGAAGGUGAGGAUUGAAUACGAUGGGUGGAAGAAGAACCUCGAGAUCUUGGUGGCCUAUUACGGCGAUCCCCUAGUGAGUGUCCUCAAUCGCUCUAUCCACAUGGAGAAGAUCGUCCCUCCAUCAGCCUACGUGGGCUUCACAGCCUCGACGGAAAAUUCCGCUGAGACGCACCAAAUCAUCAACUGGGCUUUCACAACACUUCCAUUGCCUAAGUACUCACUUAAAGAUUCAGGGGCUAAUAAGAGCAAUAAGAUCCUGAUAAUCACCAUUCCGAUCGUGAUGGGUCUUUUGGGUCUUUUGUUGUGCUUGUUUCUGGUGAUCCGAAAGGCGAAAUGGCCGGAGAAAGAGAGAAAGAUGAUGAGAGUUGAUAUAGAGAACCGAUCGAGGAGUGCUGCUAAUGCUCCUAAGAUGUUCACCUUCAAGCAGCUAUCAAAGGCUACUCAGAACUUCGGUAAACUGAAUCUGUUGGGGACAGGAGGAUUUGGAAGUGUUUAUAGAGGCGAUAUUUCGGAACCUCCGUUCACUAUAGCGGUUAAACGGAUAUCGGCUACCUCAGCUCAAGGUGAACGCGAAUACUUUGCGGAGAUCCGCACCAUUGGACGUCUCCGACACAAGAACAUUGUACAACUCCAUGGUUGGUGCCAUGAGCACGACCGCCUUCUCUUAGUCUACGAAUUCAUGCCGAAUGGAAGUCUCGAUCGCUUCGUAUCCAAAGGUGGCUUCCUUGACUGGCCUACUCGGUAUAAGAUCCUUACAGGGCUGGCCUCAUCGCUACUCUACCUCCAUGAAGAAUGUAACAACAUAGUCAUACACCGUGACGUGAAACCAAACAACAUUAUGCUAGACAGCGACUACAAUGCCCGCUUAGGCGACUUUGGGCUCGCAAGGUUAGUCCAUAACGAGACAGCGGUCACAACCAAACUAGCCGGUACGCCUGGUUAUCUAGCCCCCGAAUGCACCUACACCGGAAAGGCUACAACGGAAUCUGACGUUUUCAGCUUUGGGAUUGUGGUACUUGAAGUUGUAUGUGGCCGGAGAUCACUCCGCAUGGAACAUAGUAAUUUAGUGGACUACAUUUGGGAGCUCUAUGGGAAGGACCAUUUAAUCCAAGGUGUGGACCAAAGGUUAGAGGACAAGUUCGAUGAGGACGAGUUGAAGCGGGCCCUCGUCGUUGGGCUUUCAUGCUCGCACCCAGACCCUAGGAUGCGACCCACGAUGCGGAAGGUGGUUCAGAUCUUUACGAACCCAAAUGAGCCACUAAUUGAUUUGCCUGAGUCGCGUCCUAGUGCCAUUUAUGUCCCUGUGCUCUCUCCUUCGGGUUCGGCGAACGCUUUUGGCUCGAUGGCAAACACUAGCGCAGCAAUGUCUGAAGUAUCGAUUGAUGAUGCGAGUUUUCAAUGUGGGCGAUGA